AGAUGAGUUUGGGGAGGAAUGGAGAGAUGGAAUCGCCAUGGGAUUCGGAGAGGAGGGAGAUGAGGCGGAGGCAUUGUUUGCGGACGGGAGAUUUGUCGGCGGAGUCGGUGGCGGAGACGGCGGAGACGAAGGGCGGGAUGGUGGCGGAAGAGAGAGUCUUGGCGAUGGAUUCGAGUUCCACGGCGGCGGAGGAGUGGGUGUCACGGUCGGAGAGCUUGUGGAGGCACGUGAGGACUCGGUGCUUAAGGUCCCGAGUUGAGGCCGCUUGGUUUUGUUUGGAGAGUGACAUUAUUGAAGAAGAGAGUGUUGGUGGCGGUGGAGGUGGUGGUAGCGAUCAGUCGGAUAGUGGUGGUGGCACAGCCUGUAUUUCCGGCGACAUUGGCUGAUUAAAGCGGUGGUGAAGGUGUGUUUGGUUUUGG